AAUGUUUCAACACUACUAUCAGUAAUGUUUUUUUAUCUUCCAAACCAUAGCAGUAGGUUAUGAUUUUGAUAUCAUAAAUCAUCAUAACACAUCAUGUAAUCUUAUAUGACGUAGAUGGGUUUCGUUUUUUGUUUAAGAUUGGUUAUAAUUUGGCUUAGACCGGGGAAGAAUUUAGGUUAGAUACUUUUACUCAAUUACGUUAAACCAAUCUUAAACUUGAAAAUGAGUGGAACUGUACAAGAAGCUACUAAUACAUUUACUGACAUACUAAUACUUGCAAAUAGUUCAGAACAGAAAUUUGGGAACAUGCGUUGAACUUAGCAAAGCUGUAACUUGCUCUAAAUUAUGAAGUAUCUACAAAGACCGUACAUUCAGUUGGUUACAAGGGAGGAUUGGGGGGCGGUUCCCCCGCGCAAAAAGCCGGAGCUUCUCGAGCUUCCCGCCAAAAUGCUGAUGCUCUUUGACACACAGACUGAAGAGUGCAAGACUACAGCAGAAUGCAAGAAAAUUGUAAAACGGCUGCAAGACGAAUACAUGAAUCUAAAAGGCUACCAGGACAUUCCUUGGAACUUUUUGAUAGGGGCUGAUGGAAAAGCGUAUGAAGGGAGGGGUUGGAAAGCGAAGCCUUUCAAAACCAACCUGGGAAAUGCAAAACAGGCCGAAUGGGAUGGAAGGAGCUUAGAUGUCGCCUACAUAGGAGACUAUAGAUAUAACCUUCCAGAAGGUGGCUCGUCUCAAAUGACGAUCAACUUGAUACAAUUGCUAAGAGAGAUGAAGGCUCUUGAUCCUACACAACUGCAGAUGUACAGCUUUAUGAUACAGACUAGUUGACAGACUUGGCUUCAUGAUACAGAAUAUUUGAGCUUUUUAGCUUUAUUGUAAUUGUAGUUAAGCUACAUAGCUUUCUGUUACUUACUAGUUCAGUUUCAUAGCUUUUGUUGUCCAUAGUAGUUAAGAUAUGUAUCUUUCUGGUACAGUACAUACUAGUUCAGUUUCAUUGCUUUCUUGUCCAUACUAUUUGAGCCACAUAGCUUUUUGGUCAACACUAGUUGAGCUACAUAGCUUUUUGGUCUACACUAGUUGAUCUACAUAGCUUUUUUAAAUGAGAACUUUUAAAAAUAAAACUAUUUUAAUUAAUGAAUGGUUCAUUUGUAUUAUUUUCGUUGUUGUGUUAAUGCAUAUACGACUGACUUUAGUGGUAUUGCAAAGUACAAAAUGCUGUUUGGUUACACAUCUUUCCCUAUUAUUAAUUUUUAAUUAAUGUUUUAUCCUGAAUGUAUGUGUUCCUAACCGUUAAGAACUGUUGUUGAUGGUAGGAACGGUUUUGGAUAAACAACUAGUUCAUUAAACAUCUACGGGUUGUUGAUAUCCAAGCCUAAACUAUUAACUCAAAUAUUUUCACAUCACACCUAAUGCUUUGUCAAAAAUCUAACAAUUUAUAAAAUAUAGGUAUCAUUAUAUCAUUAGUUCAGCACUUUUUAAAACUAGGUAACAUCUUCAAAAACUUGAGCUCAGUCCAUU